CCACACACACACACUCACAGGAAAAGUGUGAAUGUGCUGGGUGCCGUUCUGUUAGAAAAGGAACCCUUUGGGAAGCCUUUGGUACCCAAGAAAGAACACAUUCAUCACGCUUUUCUGCUUGUUUGAGGCUUCGUUGGGUUCUGAGGCGAGGAACAUGGCCCGGUUUCUUGCAACGAUCCUCCUCCUCGUUACUGGGGGCUGUGUCUUGAGUCAGGCCCGCGAGAUGAAACCAGGGGAUGUCAACAAAGGCGACGAAUUCAAAGAUACAACCAACCUACGGCAACUCCAUGAAUGUGUUAAAACGCCGCCCAAGUGUAGCAAUGAAGGAGGGUUUUGUCUUAAUCUCCAGUUGCCAUGUGCAGGGAAGAUGAAUGAAUCACUGUGCAACAAUCUAAACUGUGGAUGUUGCUUAAAGCAUGAGUGCAUCAACACUCCUAAAAUAUGUUCCAGUAAAAAUGGCGUGUGUAUUAAUUUAAUGGACGACUGCGCUGGCCAGACUGAUGAAUCUUUGUGUAGAAAUAAAAACUGCAAAUGCUGUAUGAAGCAUGAGUGCUCUAACACGCCGAAGAUGUGUUCCAAUGAAGGUGGCGUCUGCAUUAAUCUGAUGGACGAAUGUGCUGGAAAGGCCAAUGAGUCUUUAUGUAGGAACGAGAACUGCAAGUGCUGUAUAAAACACGAAUGUUCUAACACGCCAAAGAUGUGUUCCAAUGAAGGUGGAGUCUGCAUUAAUCUGAUGGACGACUGCGCUGGAAAGGCCAAUGAGUCUUUAUGUAGGAACGAGAACUGCAAGUGCUGUAUAAAACACGAAUGCCCUAACACGCCACUGAUGUGUUCCAACGAGGGUGGCGUCUGCAUUAAUCUGAUGGACGACUGCGCUGGGAUAGCUAACGAGUCUUUAUGCAGGAACCAGAACUGCAAAUGCUGUAUAAAACACGAAUGUUCUAACACGCCAAAGAUGUGUUCCAAUGAAGGUGGCGUCUGCAUUAAUCUGAUGGACGAAUGUGCUGGAAAGGCCAAUGAGUCUUUAUGUAGGAACGAGAACUGCAAGUGCUGUAUAAAACACGAAUGCCCUAACACACCACUGAUGUGUUCCAACGAGGGUGGCGUCUGCAUUAAUCUGAUGGACGACUGCGCUGGGAUAGCUAACGAGUCUUUAUGCAGGAACCAGAACUGCAAAUGCUGCAUGAAGCAGCAAUGCAGCAACACAGAGAUGUGUUCCAGUGCAAAUGGAGUUUGCAUAAACAUAAUGGAUGACUGCGCUGGCCAGUCAGAUCCUUUACUAUGCGAUGACGACCACUGUACAUGUUGCAUUCCAGAUACGACAACUGCGGUCUCCACGACAACUACUUCCACCUCGACGUCCACUACAACUUCCCCCCUACCUACUACCACAACUUCAACCUCUACUACGACUUCAACUUCAACUUCAACCUCAACUUCAACCUCUACUACGACUUCUACUUCAACUUCCACCACAACUUCAACAUCUACUUCUACUACAACUUCAACAUCUACUUCUACUACAACUUCAACAUCUACUUCUACUACAACUUCAACAUCUACUUCUACUACAACUUCAACAUCUACUUCUACUACAACUUCAACCUCUACUUCUACCUCAACUUCAACAUCUACUACAACUUCUACUUCAACUUCAACUUCCACCACAACUUCAACAUCUACUACGACUUCUACUUCAACUUCCACCACAACUUCAACCUCUACUACGACUUCUACUUCAACUUCUACCACAACUUCAACCUCUACUUCUACCACAACUUCAACAUCUACUACGACUUCUACUUCAACUUCCACCACAACUUCAACGUCUACUUCCACAACUUCAACAUCUACUUCUACCACAACUUCAACAUCUACUACGACUUCUACUUCAACUUCCACCUCAACUUCAACGUCUACUUCCACCACAACUUCAACGUCUACUUCCACCACAACUUCAACAUCUACUUCUACCACAACUUCAACCUCUACUACGACUUCUACAUCAACUUCAACAUCUACUUCUACCACAACUUCAACGUCUACUUCUACUACAACUUCAACUUCUACCACAACUUCAACUUCUACCACAACUUCAACUUCUACUUCUACCACAACUUCAACUUCUACUUCUACCACAACUUCAACUUCUACCACAACUUCUACUUCUACCACAACUUCAACUUCUACUUCUACCACAACUUCAACCUCUACCACUUCUACUACUACAACUACAACCUCCACCUCUACAUCUACCACAACUACAACCUCAACAACUUCCACUACAACCACAACAACUACCAGGUUGCCUACCACCAAUUUUCAAACGACACCCCAACCCACUCUGGCGAACACAACCUCGUCUCCAUAAAAGUCUCUUCAUGUAUUUUCUUCGUGUUUAACAGUAAACUUUUUAACCCUGCAAUAUGUGCCCAAAACCACCUCUCUUGAAGGAGGAAAUACUAUACCAACUGCCUUGAAAGGGUUAAGUUUGUAAAAGAAACAGAAAGAAAGGGGUAUUCCUACUCUUUUUCUAAAUAUCGUUAUAUCUGAGAACAUCCGAAGAUUAUUAUUAUUUUUUUUUUUUUUUUAUCUUGAUUUAUUGUGCAUCUCUUUCUCGAAGCAUAAUUUUGCGAUUCGGUUUGCAAUAUACCUGGAAAUAAUAUGAUUGGAAAAUAUG